AUGGCCAACGACACCGUCGCGACGCCGACGCAUCUCGACGAUACGCUUCUCACGACGCCGCCGACGCCCAAGCGCUGUGUCGGCGAAGCGACGUGCGCAUGCAAGGGCAAGAAGAAGCCGUGCUUGUUCGUGCAUGGUGUCGGCAACAAGGACUCGUCGGCUCCGACGCCGACGUUCAGCGAUACCUGGGGCGACGUCCAGAACAGCGCGCCGUGCUGCUCGAGCUUCGCGUUCGCGCACUACGAGUCCGUGCGUCGUGGCUGGACGCGUCCGGAAGUGCAGACCGAGUUCUGCAACACGGCGCUAAGCAUCGGCACGUCGGGUGGCAAGACGAUCGACAAUGUGAUCUUGGUGACCUUCUCGAUGGGCAACCUCGUCGCCGCCGGUGCUAUCGCCAAUGAUGUGUGCAAGCUCGGGGACGGUGUCACAUGGGUCGCGAUCGCGGGUCCGAUGCAGGGCAGCAAGGCGGCCAAUUUGCUCGAGAAGAAGUGCUCAGCCUGUGGCAUGGAUGGGGCUCUCUUCGGCCUCUGUCCGGUUACCGAGCCGUACUUUCAGAUGAAGGCCGAAGACACGGUCGACGCGAACUUGAAGAAGGCGUUCCAGGACGCGCAGACUGCCCGGAAGCGCGCCAACAAGGUCCUGUGCGGCAUCAAUUCGUCGGGACUGGCAUCGCUGGCUAGCCCGGUGCUCUCUUCCAUUGGGGCGGAGGCGUUCCCGCCGGGCACGCUCCAGGACGGCGUUGUUGACUUUGACAGUUGCAGCGUCGGCUUCAGUAAGUUUUCGACGGACGCCGAGGCCGGUGCCAACUACAAGGCGAGCAUCAACCACUUUGAUACGUCGUUCCGCAACGGCGACGGUUGGUGGGGCGCCGACCGCAUGCCCGUCAAGUGGUUCGAGUGCGCACUCUAA